GAAGUCAGUAAACCACAGCCUUCAGCAUGCUCUGCUCAGGCAGCAGCAGUGGCUUUUUGGAGGUGUCUCGGCCAUGACACGCAUUUGAUAUGCCCAACCUCAACCUACACAUAGACUGUUUCUCUUGCUCUGCAGCAUGGACCAAAGAGAAAUUCUGCAGAAGUUCCUGGAUGAGGCCCAAAACAAGAAAAUUAACAAAGAGGACUUUGCAAAUGAAUUUAUGAAGCUGAAAAGGCAAUCUACCAAAUACAAGGCAGACAAAACCUAUCCUACAACUGUGGCGGAGAAGCCUGAGAACAUCAAGAAAAACAGAUAUAAGGAUAUUUUGCCCUAUGAUUAUAGCCGGGUAGAACUAUCCCUGAUAACUUCUGAUGAGGAUUCCAGCUACAUCAAUGCCAACUUCAUUAAGGGAGUUUAUGGACCCAAGGCUUAUAUUGCCACCCAAGGUCCUUUAUCUACAACUCUCCUGGACUUCUGGAGGAUGAUUUGGGAAUACAGUGUCCUGAUCAUUGUUAUGGCAUGCAUGGAGUAUGAAAUGGGAAAGAAAAAGUGUGAGCGCUACUGGGCUGAGCCAGGAGAGAUGCAGCUGCAAUUUGGCCCUUUCUCCAUAUCCUGUGAAACUGAAAAAAGGAAAUCUGAUUAUAUCAUCAGGAAUCUAAAAGUUAAGUUCAAUAAUGAAACUCGAACUAUCUACCAGUUUCAUUACAAGAAUUGGCCAGACCAUGAUGUCCCUUCAUCUAUAGACCCUAUUCUUGAGCUCAUCUGGGAUAUACGUUGUUACCAAGAGGAUGACAGUGUUCCCAUAUGUAUUCACUGCAGUGCUGGCUGUGGAAGGACUGGUGUUAUUUGUGCUAUUGAUUACACAUGGAUGUUGCUAAAAGAUGGGAGUCAAGCAAAGUAUUCUAUUCCUGAGCAAAAUCACACUCUCCAAGCAGACUCUUACUCUCCUAAUUUACCAAAAAGUGCCAUAAAGGCAGCAAAAAUGAUGGACCAACAGAGCAAACAAAGGACAAAAAAGGAAAGCACAGAAUCUUCUUCCUUUGACUCUAGGACUUCUGAAAAAAGUGCAGAGGAAGAGCUAGUUUUGCAUCCUACUAAAUUAAGCACUUCUUUUGACUUUCUGGAGCUAAAUUACGGUUUCAACAAAAAUGCUGACACAACCAUGAAAUGGCAGACAAAUGCAUUUCCAACAGUUGGGGAACCUCUUCAGAAGCAUCAAAGUUUAGAUUUGGGCUCUAUUUUGUUUGAAGCAUGUUCUAAUUCUAAACCUGUAAAUGCAGCAGGAAGAUAUUUUAAUUCAAAGGUGCCAAUAACACGGACCAAAUCAACUCCUUUUGAAUUGAUACAGCAGACAGAAACCAAGGAGUUGGAUGGCAAGGAAAACUUUUCUUAUUUGGAAUCUCAACCACAGGAUUCUUGUUUUGUAAAGAUGCAGGCUCAAAAAGUAAUGCACGUUUCUUCAGCAGAACUGAAUUAUUCACUGCCGUAUGAAUCUAAGCACCAAAUAUGUAACGUCUCUAAUGUAAAGCACUGUGACUCCGGUGCUCUUGGUGUAUAUUCUUACAUAUCUUUAGCGGAAGAUCCUUAUUUUUCAACAUUGCCUCCAAGUGGUACCGGUUCUAAGAUGUCUCUUGAUUUACCUGAGAAGCAAGAUGGAACUGUUUUGCCCUGUUCUUUGUUGCCAACAUCCUCUACAUCCCUCUUUUCUUGUUGCAAUUCACAUGAUUCUUUAUCACUGAAUUCUCCAACCAGUAUUCCCCCACUACUGAACCAAGAGUCAGCUGUAGUAGCAACUGCUCCAAGGAUAGAUGAUGAAAUCCCCCCUCCACUUCCUGUACGGACACCUGAAUCAUUUAUUGUGGUUGAGGAAGCUGAAGAAUUCUCACCAAAUGUUCCCAAAUCCUUAUCCGCGGCUGUGAAGGUAAAAAUUGGAACAUCACUGGAAUGGGGUGGAACAUCUGGACCAAAGAAAUUUGAUGACUCUGUGAUACUUAGACAAAGCAAGAGUGUAAAAUUUCGAAGUCCUAAAUCAGAACUACAUCAAGAUCGUUCUUCUCCCCCACCUCCUCUCCCAGAAAGAACUCUAGAGUCCUUCAUUCUUGCCGAUGAAGAUUGUAUGCAGGCCCAAUCUAUAGAAACAUAUUCUACUAGCUGUCCUGACACCAUGGAAAAUUCAACAUCUUCAAAACAGACACUGAAGACUCCUGGAAAAACUUUCACAAGGAGUAAGAGUUUGAAAAUUUUGCGAAACAUGAAAAAGAGUAUCUGUAAUUCUUGCCCACCAAACAAGCCUGCAGAAUCUGUUCAGUCAAGUAACUCCAGCUCAUUUCUCAAUUUUGGUUUUGCAAACCGUUUUUCAAAACCCAAAGGACCAAGGAAUCCACCACCAACUUGGAAUAUUUAAUACAACUCCAGAUUUAUAAGAAUAUGGGCUGCAAAUACACGUGCGAAUAAAACUACUAGAAUACUGCCAGUUGAAAUAAAUGCUCUAUAUGCAUAAUACCAAAUAUAAAGAGAUGCUAAUGUGUUAAUAACUUUUAAAAGAAAAGCAAAAUGCAAAUAAGUGCCAGUUUUGCAUUUUCAUAUUACUUACAUUGAGUUGAAAACUGCAAAUGUUUGUCACUUGAGCUUAUGUAGAGAAUGCUGUAUGAGAAACACUUUUAGAAUGGAUUUAUUUUUCAUUUUUGCAAGUUAUUUUUAUCUUACUUUUUUACAUAAACAGAAACUUCAAAAGGUUUGUAAGAUUUGGAUCUCAACUAAUUUCUCCAUUGCCAGAAUUUACUAUAAAAAGUUAUAAAAAAGACUUACCUUGUGGGUUGUAAUACAAACUGCUCUUGACAAUGACUAUUCCCUGGGAGUUAUUUUUGCCUAAAUGUAGUAUACCUUAUAAAUCUUCCCAGAUGUUGUGGAAAACUGGAAUAUUAAGAAAAUGAGAAAUUAUGAGAAUAAAAUGUGCAAAUAAUGACAAUUGUUUGAAUAUAACAACAAGGCAUUCAACUACAUUCCUGCUAAGUUUUAACCAAAGUCAUUAAAUUGCCAAUUCUAGAAAAGUAAUCAAUGAAAUAUAAUAGCUAUCUUUUGGUAGCAAGACAUAAAUUGCACAUGUUUAUACAGGAUCUUUAGAUCAUGUGCAAUUUAUAUCCAGCCAAUCAAAAAUACUAGUUUAAAGUAAAUUUCUAUAUGAAUAUGGAUCUCCCAUAAGAAAAUCUAUUUCAACUCUAAUUUUAUAUAGCAAAUAAAUUGGCAGGUAAUUGUUUUUUUAAAAAGAAUCUACCUGACUUUCCCUAAUGCAUUAAAAAUCUUAUUUAAAGAACUUUAUUUAUAACUUUUAGAAACAUGUGAUAUUGCUUAAACAUCAUUUGUUUGUAUUUUUCAUUCGGAAGCCCAAUAGGGCAAAUUGAAUGAGAUAUUAUUAUGUCUGUUGUAGUACAAUGUAUCCAAUAGAUGCUCAAUAAACUUUUUUGUUUUUAAACUGA